CUUCCACCAUUUCACUCUCGCGCUCGCUCGCUUCUUCAUCAUCUGUGCCUCCGUGUUCACCUCUCGCUGUGUGCGCUCAGGACACACUGCUCAGCCUGCUUUUUUAUUGGUCGCUGACGGGUGAAAUGAGCAGAGGAGUGACUGGUGGUUUUGCAUUGUGAGCCACAAGGACCCUCCCUCAUGAACCUGGAGCUGUAGCCCCACCUCCCCCUGGUUAUCCUGUCACUUGACAUUUGAGCCGAGACAACUUUGGCAGCGUUUCUGUUACCAUUUCAUCCAAAAAAUAUACCUGGGUGUCCAGCGCCGUGCUGUUAAUGUGGCGUAGCUUAUGUUGUGAUUGUGUGACGCCUUUCCUCUUUCAUUAAGUCAUUAAAUGCCUGCUUCGAAAUAUGUUCGCUGCUCAGAGUGCAUUCAGUGUAAAAUAGCACCAGCAACCAUGUCUCUAUCAGCUUGAGAAGACUAUUUUACAGCUGUGGAGGGGUUUUAAAACAUCUCCUCUACUGUACUGGCGACGUUCCAACUCUCACUUACCCUCUCUUACACACUGAAACACACACACACACACACAGGAAAAGGGAAAUAAAGAGCCCCUCCAUGCCUCUGUCUGCUGCUUUUCCCCUCCUCUUGCCCCCUCUUGUUCACUGCAAACCGUGAUGGAUGAGAGAUUCUCCGCUCUCAUUGGCUCACGCCUUGUGAUUGGCAGCUUGCUGGACCCGCCUCGCCGGUCUCUGUACAUGGAUCGGUCUGCUGUUAGAGCCCGAGCAUCAGAGAGUGGAGUGGAAACAGGAAGAGGAGGAGAGGGUAAGAAAGGAGACAGAGAGGAGAGAGGAUCGGGUGAGACAAGGUGGUGAGGAGUGAAAGAGAGGAAAAGGGGAGCAGAGGGGCGUGUGGACUAAGGAGAACAAAGACAAAGAAAAAAGAGCGAGCGGAGGAUGAGCGUGUCUAUUUAAAGGCAUCCGAGACUGCACAGGUCUGCUGUCUUGCUAUUCCUGACUGGCAGCAUCAUCAAAUUUAGACCAGAUUCUGCCUCCCCCUUUUCUCUCAAUAUAAGUAUCAAGGCUGUUUUUGCUCUCAGGUGUGACGUGGAGGGCCUCCCAAACCAAGACCAAGACUGGUAACUAAAGAACAUGUGUUUUUGUUUCUGUUCUAACCCUGCAUUCCAUUUGUACUCAUAAGUCCUUUUCCGAGUUGUUUUCCGACUUCCGAAACCGAAAGUGACAAAUCGAACACCACCUGAGCUCAUCAACUUGGUUGACCUCAGAGGACACCUAGUUUCCAAACCAAGUUGGCUGCCCAGAUCACAGACUGUAAAAAAAGCAGUGGUUUUGCAUGUUUUUUUAGCGCUUUUGUCUUUUUUGUACCCAAUUUAGUAAGCCCAAUGCAAUCCCAUCUUACUGCUGCCCAUAGACAUAUAGCUGUGGUCCUGCUAGAUGUGAAAUAACCGCAAAAACCGUGUUGUUUAUCAGCUGGUGCUGCUUGUAAAUGGUCGAUGUUGCUAUAACAACAAUGGCUGAAUAACUUUACAAACAAGCUGUCUUGUGUUGUGGCAAACAGGACGCAUCCAAGUCGGUUUUUAAUGGAUGUGAUGUCACUCCUAGCCCAGAGUUACGACUUACGUGUACAAAUCGAAUGCAGCAUUUGUAUCCCUGUUUGGCUGUUUACUUACAAACAUAUUGUAGUAUGUGCACCACUGUAGCACUUUAUCAUAUCACAGUAGUACUUACUAUGUUAAAGUUUUACAGUUCAGUACUGCAAAGGCAGUUAUAUGAAGGUAUAUUGUUAGCAAUGUUGUGUGAGAAAACAAAGCUCAGCAGUUAUUGCAAAUGUCACAGAUAGUAGAAUGAUGAAGAUGUAGAUAUGCACUUUGAUAGAGACAUUCUAUGUAGUCAGGUUUUCUUGUAAUGAGAUAUCACAUUUAUUCAUCCAUUCAGAACCUGAACACGAUUCACAUUGAACAACACACCUGUGUUUCAGGCUGCAUGUAUCACCCAGCAGAGCUGUACUCUGGCCGUAACACAUGGGACUCCUACCCAACUGGAGGACCUAACAGAGGACAAUGGGCUCCUGUAAACAAUCGGCCCUGGAGCCACACACAGAGAUGCCAAGAAGGGCGCAAUCAGUCACAUCAUCCAUCAAGCCGUCUUUAUAGUAGGGGGGAGAGAACCCUCAACCAUGUCCAGGACAAGAGUCUCUCUAAGGGCCACAGACAGCCUCUACGUCUUUGGGAUGGUAAAGAGCGACCAUUUGAGGCCCAGAACUGGCAUCACAACUCCACACAGUCAUUCCACAACCGGGCUGGCACAAACAACAGUUAUCUAACAGGACCAGGAGAUCGCUAUGCAAACUGGGACAACAGUGUUAACAACUCUGUGCAUGGGGGUCCUCGUCUACAUCGCAACAACAGAGAACUCCAGUCCCCGCCAGAGAGAUGGGCCCCCUCAGACUGCCGCAGGAGCUUUCCAGGCAGAAUGAUAAACAACAGACCAGGACCCUGGAAACGGCCAGCCCCCCACCAGCGGCGAGACCAACUGCACCAGCACAGUCUACCUUCACAGCACCCUUUAGGGUGUCCAGCCAAGAGGAGAAAGGACUCUGGCCCUGACCAGUCAUCUCAUCCUGGAUCAAGGCCUUUGCUUAUUCAUGCCCCAUCACCACCUCGCCACCACCGCUGUAAUCAAGAUGACUGGAGGCCUCUUAAUGACAGGGGGGGUCCUUGCCACCACUCUGACCACAGGACCUCAACAACACAGCAACUGGAAACCUCUAAACUACGAGCUGGAGGACAUGGCUUCAGUGAAAGUAAUCUAGCAGCUCUAAGCCAGACAUGUGGCAGCAGACCACCACAUCAUGGAAACAGAGGGAAAGUCGACCGGAAAAUAUUGUCUUCACCAGCAGACCACACCCGUGUGCCUUACAGCCACCACAACCAUCAUUACCAUUAUCAGCGGCACACAGGCCACCCCAGAGCCCUGCAGCACAACUCGUCUCUACGCCCUCUUGAGGAGAAGGACUCACGGAGCUAUCACCACAAACAAAGCACAGAACCUCAGCGCAGUCAUCAAAGGGUCAUUUCAAGGGAUCCAGCCCCCUCCAAUUCUUCUGGUGCAAACUCUCCUCCCUACCCAUCGCUCCUCUGCAGUACUAAAGAUGGAGGUUCUACUGCCAGCAGUCCAAGUGCUUCUUCCAGUCCCUCCUCAUACAUGGUGGCCAUUGGCAGAAAAGAUCCAUCUGUCAUUCAUCAAAGUAGUUCUGGUCUCAUUGGACAGCAGAAACUCCAAGGAAGCCCUAAUCACAUCCUGAGACCAAGCUUGACAUCUACCAUGCCUCUUACAUCUCAUGCUGGUCCAAAAUCCAGGUUUUCAGAUGUCAAAUACAGGAAGACCUCACAGCCCCUCUGCUCACGACAGUCCCCUCACAGCAGAUCGAGAGCAAACAAGCCCGAUAAAUGUUUGGAAGAACACAAAAAUCCUGAAAAGCCAGUGAAAAAGGAGAGAAAAGGUGAAGUUCAAAAGGCAAACAGAAAGGGUGAAGAAAGAAAAAGGCGGAAGAAAAAAGAGGAAAAAAGGUUGUCAGAGAGAAAAAAGAAGAGGGACAAAGCAGCAAAGAAAGAAAGGAAAUUAGGUUUAAAAAGUGAGCUCACAGAAAAGGAAAUGUUUACAUCUAUUUCAAUUUCUAACUCCUCAGGAGACACAAAAAUAAGUAAAAUGGAGACCUUAAAUCUGUCCCCAGAGAAUCAAGGUCAGUCAACACCUAAACACAAGCACAGGUUGAGGAGUGAACGAGCAGAGAGGACACACAGGGUGUCCAAAGUUUCUUCUCACAGCUGCACUUCACCACAGCCAUCGUCAAAAUGUGAAGAUCAACAAAUGCCCAAGAAGAACAGCAGUCCCCCAAAACCACCUGUCAAGGAACAGUUGAUGCAGUCUCUUCCCUGGAACACCAGUCCCAACCAGACCAGCAACAAGCAAACCAUUGUCUCAUCUCAACUAGAAGAUGGACCAAAAGCAAAACCAGAUGAUACACUCCCCUCUCUUUUGUUUAAAGCCUUGGCACCUCUCACUACGGCAUGUUCCGUUAGCUUAGAGCAGCCCAUCUGUGGCAAAGAAGGUGGCCAGGGAGGGGCUCUCAGUGCCCCAGACCUGCAGCCUGUGGCUGUUAUGGGAAAUUUGCAGGAACUAGGAGACAACCUUGCAAAUACUCCUCCUGUUCUCAGCUGGCAGGGCUCUCCAGUAUCAGCUCUGGGAGAAGAUGAGGAGGAGCUAGAAAAAGGAGUAAUAAGAAGACCUGUCCUCCAGCCCAGCCCCACCCAGUGCUUUUCUCCUCCUCCUGUUGACGAUGAGAGAUUUGAAGAUACGAAUAAAGAGCCUUGUGAAAGUAACCUGGCCAAUUAUUCCAACAAUGACAUACCAGAACAAGUUGCUGAGGAAGAAAAGGAAGAAGAGGAGGACAGCAGUAAGGAAGCUUCUGGCUCUCUUUUCCCCGAGUUUCGCCACCAUAAAACAGGUUUGGAUGACGUCUUCAAGAGCCUGGCAACUUUUCUUGGAGGCCAGAGGGUCACAUGCCGAGGUGGUCCAUUUGGGGGGCCUCCUGCUGCCUCCACUAGAGGGGUGAAGUACUCCUCUUCUCUUGCACUGGGGCCAGACAUCCAGUGUCAUGAGCAUCAGGAUUUCUCCCUCAAACCAGAUCCCACAGCAUCUGCCCAACCUUAUAAUCGAUCACCAACUCACACUACCUCAGACACACUUUUAACAUCUCAUAGUCCAGCAGAUCUGAAGGAGCCUGAUGCGGACAUCGCAAUGCAGAAGAAGCAAGAGGAAACUGAGAAUGAUACAAAAGAGAAACCAGAGGGUAAAGAUACAGAGCUUCUCAAUGAGCGAACAGAGUUAUCUCUUCUGGACAGGUCACUGAGUGCAAAGCUGACACUGACCACAACACAUACAGACUCUUUGACCAGCCUCAUUACUGCCUCUACCAAGGAAGAGGGAGGAAACAGUGAAGAGACACAACACAAAGGUACUGACAGAAAAAGAAAACAAAAGGCAGCAGAUGUAGGACAUGAAGGAGAGAUCAAGAUUAAGAUAAAGACAGAAGAAAGCAGUGUUGUCUGUCCUAAAAUCAAAGCAAAUGAAAUAAGCAGUUUGGAAGAAAGAGAUAUUUCAUCUGUCAUCUCCAGGAACUCACCAAGACUUCUCAAAGAUGGUAUGAUGGGGCAAAUUCCUCAGGAAAAUCAAACUCUGCUUGGCAAAGACAGCCAGAGAGAAAAAGACAACACUGAGGGAAAGAUACUAACAGAGAAGACAGAAGACAUUGGUCAGUCAGAAAAUAUGAAAUCCUCAGCAGCUGGAAAUGCAAAUACCAAGUCCCCUAGCUCAGCGUCAACCGUAACAAUCAAUGCAUCCAAAUCAUAUACGUCACCAGCAAGUAAACCUCCCUGCUCGUUAGCUCCCGUGGACCCACUGAAACUGAAAGCAUUGUCCAUGGGCUUGUCUAAGGAGAUAAAGAUCCUCUUGAUUAAAGUGGAGAGUGCUGGAAGACAAACAUUCAACAUAUCAGAGGUUGAGGGGCAAAGAAUCCCACUUUCUGAGAUCAGCAUCAAGAACACGGCCACUGAAGUGGUCAGAGCUUGCAAGGAGACAAGGGUGAACGGGAAAUUCAAGGAGUCGUUCCUGCUUCCCACCUUCUCUGUUAAGCCAAACAUUCGCAGUGAGAUCCCCAUUCCUCGCGAAAAGCUUAACCCUCCUACACCAAGCAUUUAUUUGGAGAGCAAGAGGGAUGCGUUCUCUCCAGUUCUGCUCCAGUUCUGCACUGAUCCCAAAAAUGCUGUCACUGUCAUCAGAGGCCUUGCUGGCUCUCUCCGCCUUAAUCUCGGUCUGUUCUCCACUAAAUCUCUGGUGGAGGCCAAUGCAGAACAUGCUGUGGAAGUGAGGACUCAGGUUCAGCAGCCCGCUGAUGAGAACUGGGAUCCCAGUGGUUCGGUGCAGACGUGGCCUUGUGAAAGCAGCCGCUCACACACCACCAUUGCCAAAUAUGCUCAGUACCAGGCCUCCAGCUUCCAGGAGAGCCUGCAGGAGGAGAAGGAGAGUGAGAAUGAGGAAGAAGGAGAGCAGGCCAAGUCCUCAGACGCAUCAGCCACCACAAAAGCUGGUCUGACACUAGUCAACAGUAAAGGUGCUCACAUCUCUAACAAAGCCCAUGCAGUUAACACCAGCGGCACUGCCAGCUCAGAGCAGAAAACAAUUGGAAAAAUCAUUAAAUUUGGGACCAAUAUUGAUCUCUCUGACCCCAAAAGGUGGAAGCCUCAGCUGCAGGAGCUGCUGAAGCUGCCAGCUUUCAUGCGUGUGGAAUCCAGCAACAACAUGCUUAGUCAUGUCGGUCACACCAUCCUGGGCAUGAACACUGUCCAGCUCUACAUGAAGGUGCCAGGCAGCCGCACACCAGGUCAUCAAGAGAACAACAAUUUCUGCUCAGUCAACAUCAAUAUCGGGCCAGGUGACUGUGAGUGGUUUGCUGUCCACGAGCACUACUGGGAGGCCAUCAACAAAUUCUGUGAGAAGCAUGGGGUAGACUACCUUACAGGCUCCUGGUGGCCAGUCCUGGAAGACCUCUACAGCUCCAACAUUCCUGUGUACCGCUUCAUUCAGAGGCCGGGAGACCUGGUGUGGAUCAAUGCGGGGACUGUACACUGGGUCCAGGCGGUGGGCUGGUGCAACAACAUCGCCUGGAACGUGGGACCACUCAACUCAUAUCAAUAUCAACUCGCCCUGGAGCGCUUUGAGUGGAACGAUGUGAAGAAGGUAAAGUCAAUCGUUCCCAUGAUCCACGUGUCCUGGAAUGUAGCUCGCACCAUCAAGAUCAGCGACCAGGAUACCUUCAAGAUGAUCAAACACUGCCUGUUGCAGUCCAUCAAGCACAUCCAAAUUCUGAGACAGCAGCUGGUGGCUGCAGGGAAGAAAAUCUGUUACCAGAGUCGUGUGAAGGACGAGCCAGCCUACUACUGCAACGAGUGUGACGUGGAGGUGUUCAACCUGCUGUUUGUGACCAGUGAGAACAGCAGUAAGAAGAGCUACGUGGUGCACUGUGAGGACUGUGCCCGAGUUAAGAGCCCGUCGCUGGCGGGAGUAGUGGUGCUGGAACAAUAUCGGAUGGAGGAGCUGAUGAAAACCUACGACAGCUUCACACUGGCUCCAUCACCCUUUUCAAAGUGAGGACUCCUCCCCUUGUGUCUUUCAGCCAUAACCAAAACUCUAAUGGCAGCACAAAUGUUGUCUUCAAGGCAAUCUAUUCCUGAAAAACACUCUGUGAAUCAGCCAAUCACGUUUACUCAGUAUUGUUUACAUCACACAAUAAGGUAUGGAUAUUCAGCAAAUCCAACUAUAGCUCACUGUCUUCCCCAUACCAGCUGCUGAUUGGACGUGUGUUUUGAAAUAGAAUGACUAGACUGGUACUUGUCAUGAAAAGCAUUUCAGAUGUGUACUAAAAAAAUGUGAGUACUGCUAGCACUGAAAAUCAGGUUAUAUGUUCAACGGACUCUGCUGUGAUUCAAAAGCGUCAAGUAGCCGGUUCUGUGUAUUAAUUCAGGUACUUUUAUGCAAAUUCAGUAGAACUUUUUUACACCAAUCUAGUUAUUCUAUAUGUCCAUGAAUUUGCUGUGCUUCUGUUGUACCAGCAGGGGAAUGGCUUCACAGGAGAAGUAGCUGACUGUCACAUUUGGCAUUGUAUUGGUUCCUGUUUUUGUUUGGUAUUCAGGUAAACUCUGACAUUUGUAAUUCCUGUCUGUAUACUCUUUGAGGUGCUAUUCCAAUCUUAUUUAUUCUCGUUAGAUACUUAAAAAGUUUAACCAGCCUAGAAGUACACCACAUUGGCCUUGCGAACUGUAUUUAGAGGAGAGGUAAUUAGAGGAUUAAACACCCAUAAAUAAGGUUUUAUGUAAUUAUAUAUAAAAAAAAAAAUAAAAAAUGUUAACAGUUUCUCUAAAAUACGGGUUUACUAGAGGACUAAUAUGGUUUCAUUCUUAGUUGGAACUCAAGUAUGUAGAUGAAAAAAAUCCAGUGUUUUGUUUUCCAGCUAAAUAGUCGAUGGUGUGGUUUCUUUGAUACACCCACAAAACAGACAGAGUGUCCUUCUAUUUUUGGAAGGGGAAAACAAUCUCAGUUUUAUACCUCUUUUGUUGCUAUGUUCUUGUUUCUAGAUGACAGAGGAAAUAAAUAAUUGUAAAUUGUGAAUGACUUCAUGGAAUACACAGUGGUGUGCAUAGACAGGCUACAGAAGGGUGGGGACGGUGGAGGUCGCCAUUGAUGUUUGUGUCAAUGAAGUGCCCAUUACAGUCUGAAAAAAGUCCAAAGAGACACACAAUCAUUAUCUUAUAAUGCAAAAACCAAUGAGGCCGAACAGAUGAGCAGAAUGAGUGGCACCUCAGUGUUUUCACUGUGCUGCUGAGGCUCAGCUUCAUGCACUGCCAGGGGGGUUAAUAUCACUCUGUUUCCUGCUUAACGUGUCGAGGAGCACAUGCAUUAAGACAUGACAAACUUGGCCUUCAGACUGGGUAAAAGCGCUCAUUUUGUUGAGAAAAGUCCAACUUUUGGUUUUAAAUUUUGUUGUAAUUUAAAGCAGAGCCUUACGGACACCAGAUUUUUGCGGCAGAUACUGAUAGAAGUUUAAAAAAAAGUUUGAUAACGGUGGCGUAUUAGGGUAAUGAGGCACAGGAUUUAUGAAGCCUGGAAGGGGGUAAUGUUCUGAGAAAAUUUUUGAGAAAGUAAAAACUCAUAGAGAAUAUUACCCUUUACCCCCCUUUUUUUUAGAAAUAAAACUUUCAUAACUGGUGACAUUUAUUUAUUUUACAGCAUAAAAAUCUACUUUUCAGUGCUCUCUGGUGCACAAACCCUGUAAGUAAUGGAGACGUUGUUUAAAAAGGGUCUCAAACCUUGUUUGGCAUCGUGCUAGCUGCAAUUUCUCCCUACCCGUCAGCCGACCUACACAUAGAUACAUGCAAUAAGCUAAUGUCGGCUGAUGUAUCGGCCUGGCCCUUAUUGUUCUAGCUGUACUUCAAAGAACAUUCAAGAGCUGAUUCCGGCGUGAAAUCUGAUGUUUAAUUUGUAUUCACAUCAAAUCUCCACUAAGGUCAUCUCUCAGAUCUUACCCCUGCACUCAUUAGUCUGUGCACACCAUUUACUGUAUAUAAUGUAUCUGUUUUCAGGUUUACUAGAAGACUUAUGUAGUUUUGUUCUCAAUCAAAGCAUCUAAUUUGUAUAUGGUCAAAUUUGUUCACCUCAGUCUUUUGUUUUUGUUGUUGCUAUAUUAUAAUACACCCUAAAAAAUAUACUGUUUCACUCAAGUUUAAUUACUGCAAUGGGAAAAUUUUCCCACUUUUAUACCUCUUUUUGUUGUCAGUUUCAGUUUUUUUUGCAUUACAGAGAAAAUGGAAAAAUGUAAAUUGUGACAUUAUUUAUACUGUACAUGGUUGUUUUCUUAUAUAUUUAUUGCAUAUCAAAGGGUACUUCACUUGAUAAGGGGCUACAAGGUACUUUCAAAAUGUAGUAUGGUCAUAAUGUGUGGAUAGGGGAAGUGCAAUCAGAGGGCAGUUUAAAUUCAUGGUGCUAGACCCCUCCUUGCCUCAAUGCCCCAUCAUUACACAUCAACAUAUGAAGUCAGUGAUACAACUCAAACCGACCGAUUGGUGCUUAGAACCAUUUCAACACAGUUGCUUGUAACAGAAAUGGAAUGAUGUCUUUGUACUGUAUCUAACAGAUAAAUACAAGAUCUUUUAAAGCGUUUUGUUUUUUUCCAUUGUAUGAAACUCAUAAUCUUGUGAGGCAUUAGUGGUUUUAUGAUGAGCAUUAGCAGUAGUUGUAAUUCUUGACACUUUUGCAGAGACUUUUAGGGACGUGACUUUUGAUGACUUUUGUGUGUGUGUGUGUGUGUGUGUGUGUGUGUGUGCGUGUGCGUGUGUCUUGUCCUCAUUAUUAGUAUUAUUUGAAAGGUUGUAAUAAUGCUCUCUUUCCUCUUGACUUGUUUGAUUUAUGCUGCAUUUAUUGUUUCAAAAAGAAUUCACAUAGAAGACAACCUGAGCCAGACCUGUCUUAAAUCCCUCUGUGAUAUUUCUGUGACAUAUUGUAUUGUUGUUCAAGAAAAUAAAAUGUUUUGAUAAAUUAUUCAACAAAAA